AUGAGAUUUGUUGCAUGUUCAGUCUGAGACGCAGCUUUAUUUUCCACACCGCUUGGGCACCGUUUUCAAUCCACUAGUGUCAGGACCACUCAGAGGGUAGGCACAGGCAGAAGAGCCAUUUCACCAGGGCCUCAACAUCAAAAAAGAAGUUAAAUAUAGAUCCUUUCUUUUUUAAAAAUGCUCCAAUUAUUCUCAUUCUGGAGGUGCCUUAUUUUGCUUUCAUGUAUCCUCCUCCUUCUCCUUUUGACGAUGAUGAUGGUGGUGGUGGUGGUGGUGGUGGCAGCCGCGGCCAGGGCCUCUUUGGGUUUCUAUGGCAAAGGCUUUCUUUGUUCUUCGCUCACUUCCCCACAAUUUUCCCGCCCUGAGCUCUGCCUUCCUGCAGGGCAAUAAUGAGCCUCGGGGCAGCGACGACAGAACGACGGACGUGAACCUGAUCGCCUGGGAUCUCUCCUCGGAAACCCCAGCCUGCGGCGGAGAACGUCCGGGCUUAGGGCUGGAAACGGGCCUGAGGAACUGCUUGCCCAAGCAGCAAGCCGUGCUCCAUUGCAGGCGGCAGGGGACUAGUCCUCAUCAAUCCCUACCGCCGCCGUCUCCCUUCCUCCCCCUCUGCUGUUGAGGUGGGUCGGGCAUCGACUCCAAUCCUUGAAGACGCCGGCGGGGCGUGUGUCAGGUAUGGGCUUCGGCGGAGGAAGGGGGGCGGCGGCGGCGCCUUUUCAGAGAGUGACAGCGGCGAGACAAACCCCGGGCCAGGCGGCUGUAGAGACUCGGCCAGGUAAGGAACCCCGGACAGGCCAUGCAAAGGGUCGGGAAGAGGCAGGGAAAGCGGGGCGCAGCUUCAGCGUUUCUCCCGCCGUCCACCUCCACGGCCGUCCGCCCGCUCUCUCGCCUUCUUGUGCCCGUUUGCUCUCUCCACCUCAGCGCCCCCCUCCGCCCGCCCGGCCGCCUCCUUCGGCGUUUCUCCUCCAUCCGACGCCUCCUGCUCAAUCCUUCCUUCUCAUCUAUCUCCGGCACCUCCAAACCAGUUCCGCCGGUCCUUCUCCACCGGGGUCUUUCCCAUUCCCCCACGCGCAGCGGCGCAGCUUCAUUCUUCCUCUCCCCCACUCCCCCACCUCCAGCUGGGGAGCGGAGCCUCCGCGGACUCGCGCCUUCCACACCCCCAGCCUCAAACUCCAGCAGCCUUUAGUGCGCUCGCCUGAACUGCAAAGCGGGGAAUGGGAUCCCGACAGCGCCGAGCUCCCCUUGGCGUCUGGAAACCCGAAGAAGGCGCCCGCCUGGCUGGAGGUGGAGACGGAGGGCUGGGUCCCCACCCUGUGCCAAGGGGCAGGAGGACGGCGGCCGAGGCACUUUAAAGCAGAAGCAAGGAUGCAGCAUGAGAUCUGAUGGGACCUGAGAAGUCCCAUUUUUCAAACACAUGAACAGCAAG